AGUGGGAGUGGUGCUUGCUCCUCUGGUGGCGCGCGGAGGCUCGUCACGGAGGCAUCCCGGAAGCUCCCCGCGACUUUGUGACACUCGGUGCUCCGUGAAACGCUGUGCUUCCAACAGAGCGCGUAUCCGGACACCCCACGGUUCGCCGCGGGCCAGAGCCACCCCCUCCCGGUGCCUUCUUUGCGACCCUCGGCUCCGGGUACGUCACUUCCGCCACCGACUCCGGGCCCGCAAGAUGGCGGAAGAGCCCGAAGCCGUGCUGCAGCUCCCUUCUUCAGCGGCCGCGGCCAGCGGCGAGACCCUUUCGGAACUCUCCCCGGAGACAGUCACCCCGGAGCCCCCGUCUUCGGCCGCAGUCUCUCCGGGGACGGAGGAACCUCCCGGGGACACCAAGAAAAAAAUUGACAUCCUGCUAAAGGCUGUAGGAGAUACCCCUAUAAUGAAAACAAAGAAAUGGGCUGUAGAGCGAACACGAACCAUCCAAGGACUCAUUGACUUCAUCAAGAAGUUCCUUAAACUUGUGGCCUCGGAACAGUUGUUUAUUUAUGUGAAUCAGUCUUUUGCACCUUCCCCAGACCAAGAAGUUGGAACUCUAUAUGAGUGUUUUGGCAGUGAUGGUAAACUGGUCCUACAUUACUGCAAAUCACAGGCGUGGGGAUGAGCCACAGAUGAGCAACUUGGUGGUUUCACAGAAGAAAAGGCUCAGAAAAGCUUUGAUGCUGUGGGGAGAGACUUGAUGGCUAUCAAAUACUCAGCAUGAAUCUGCUAUGAGCUGUGCUUAUGUGUAAGAAAGCAUCAUAGAGUAAAUGGACUGAAAAAUGAGAUUUGUGUCACCAUAAAGUCAUCAUGAAAGAUUAGGGUGCCCAUUAUCCCCACAUUCCUAUUUCAGAUCUGCCUCCAAGGUUAGAAAGGAGACGAGCUCUAUUGUGGGUUCUCAGGAUGACUGAAGUUGUUUACUUGUGGAGGUGGCACUAUGCUUUUUCCAUGGUAAAACUAAUUUGCAGGAGGGUUAGUAUUUUGAGGUAGUUUUCUUUUUUAACCUCUUCGGGGAACCUCCGUUUGGAUAUGAACUGUCUACAUUUAUCCAUGUUGCUUUGAGAAACCAAAUGCACUGACUUGUCUCAGUGUCUUAAGUUAUCCAGUAGAGGGCAGCCCAGUUUGCAAAAAGGUUUGACGGCUUUGACAGCUUUGCCAGGUGACUGAGGGAAGGACUAAUUUCUAGUUUAAAUGUGUAAUGGGAAGAGCAACUGUGUUGACAGACUGGAGGAGUUGGAGGAUGUGCAUAGUUUAAAAUUAAUCAUGCGGGAAGCAGUUUCACAGAUUGUGAGCCAGUGAGUCCUCCACGAUUUCCAGUCCUGUCAUUUAUGAUUCUUGGGCCUCAGCCUGGGCAUCAUGACCCACACUUGUAAUUUCAGAGCUCAGGAAGCCUAGGCAGGAGGAGUAUCAAGAGUUCAAAACCAGACUGGGCUGCAGAAGAACUUACCCCAAACAGAUUGUUGACCCCCACCCAGUGUAGUCCCACUGUCAAUUAUCUGGGUCAAAGCAAUUGACUUAGUAAACCCAGCAGCAUUAUCAGCUUUUCAUUCAUCCCAGCCCUCAUUCGUAAUCUGUUCCUGAUGUGUUUUCCAGAUUGAAAGCAUUCAAAGAUAGUGCUUUAAAAAUAGCCUCCAAUAAUAUACCAUCAUGAAAAAGUAUUUGGUCACUGGUGUUUUUAGACUGGUCAUUGCUUGAAGUGAGAUUUACUUUUAUUUCCUUAUGUACCGUAUUUGUUUUGUGCACUCCUACCCCACUCUACCCCCACCCCCAUUUCACUAUGCAGCUUUGCCUAGCCUGGAACUCAGAGAUCUGUAUGCCCUCCUCUGCCUCCUGAACGCUGAGUUUAAAGGUAUGGACCACCUGGCUUGGUUCCAUACAUGUCUUAAGGUAUUCCAUCCUGAACCACACAUGGUAGUGCACACUUACCUAGCAUUCAGGAGGCUGAGGCAAGAAGACUGAUAGUUUAAAACCAGUGUAGACCACAGGGUGAGACUGUCUCAACAAAACAUGAAAUUAACCCUUCUUCCCCUCCUCUGAGGAAAGCAUUCCAAUAAAUUAAAUGUCUCAACAGUUUGCAGGAUUUGAAGUAUGUGAGAAUUCCAAGGGUUUACUUUCAAAAGUGAUGAUGGAAAUGUAUCUUUUUUUAUCAAAAAAAAAUCUUGAAGACUUGAACUACACUUUUUUUGUUCUGUUUUUGAGAUGGGCUGACCUGCUUCAGGCUUCAGGGUGCCAGGGUUAUUUUGUGCACCACGGCACCUGGCUAGUUUAGAGUGUGCUCUACAGUAGUUCUCAGCCGUGUGAGCCGUGGAGGAUGCUGUGAGCAACACAGCACAGUGCUGUGCACUCCUGUGUCUGCCAUAGAGUGUGAGUUCCAGCUGUCCCCUUUCUGCAUUGCCUUGGAGUGAGGUAACCCACGUAAUAGUUCACACAAGAGUGACAUGGACAGCCAGCUAGACACAGGAUAGGCUCAGGAAAACACCUGACAUUUCGGGAGCCUGGAAGCACUGAUUGAUAAGCAGCGUCAGUCAGAUAGGGAAAAAGAUCUGUUCAACUCACUAUGAGGUUAUUAAAGAGCACAACAGUAGAUAUUUAACAGGAGAGCUAUGUAGAACUUACUGUUUGCUGAUGUCUAGGUGACAGGGUGCUUAUUAACUCUUAUGAAAUCAAAAAUACUUGAGUUUGAAUUUGUGUUUACCAAAAUAACUCAUUACCCUAUUAAAUCAAAAGUUAACUAAA